UCUCCUGUCAACAAGCUUUGCUCUCUAGCUAAUCUCUUUGGCCGCACUUAUUGCAGCUCCUCUUUAUCAUCUUCACCACAAGAAGCAAGAUUUUAACGAGCACGAGUGUCAUCUUGACCAAACGGGAAGCAACAAUGUCCAGCAUCAUGAAAUUGUUUCUGCUCCUGGCUGUCGUGGUCUGCAUCUCUGAAGCCCAGCAACGUGAAACAGGACAGCAGUGUCUGUGUCAGCGUGUCAGGAAUAAAAUCUACUCGAUGUCUGACAUAAAGGACGUCCAGAUCUACCAAGCAACCAUCUUCUGUGACAGAGUGGAGAUUGUUGUCACCAACAACAGUGGCCUCCGCUAUUGCCUGAACCCCAACUUGAAGGCAGUGCAAAGACUCAUGGCUUCCAUCAUGAAACCAAAAACCUCGACCACAGCUGGACCAACUGUGCACACCUCCUCCACAGGCAGCACCAACACAGCUCGCAUGUGACUCCAUGAAGAAGCUCAGAUGACCUCUGAACCCCAAACAGAAGCACCUUAAACGAAUGUACCUGUGAAAAGAACGAAGCUUUUUUUUUCUAUUUAUCUUCUAUUUAUACUGCUGUGCACUUACAGUAUAUCUCCGUUCUAUUGUAUUUCCUCUCAUUUGUUUUUGUAAAUAGAUUUAUGUGCUUUUUUAAUAAAAAUCAAAAAUAUCAAAGGA